AAACCGUGCUCAGACCGGAUAGUGUCGUGCCAGCUUAUGUUAGACCUGUUUACACUACAAAAAAAUAACGGUGCUUAAAAUUUGGAAUGUAAACAGGGUUAUAGGGUCUGGUUAUGAUUGCUUUCAAGAAAUUAGUAAAUGAAUCGGCCCAAAUUAGAGAAUAAAGUUUAUCCAAAAAGCUUGAAAAGAAGACAGCCAUAUUUACCAGUAGUGGGCCCAACAGGAGUCUUAACAGAAAAGUAUAACGCUAAACCCCAUUUCAUCUGACAAUUUCAAAAUGGUUCCAUGGUAUACAGACAGACAUGGUGACAACAACAUAUGACCAAAUUAAGCAUGGAGGAUAAAAUGGAGAUUGUCGCCAAUAGAUGUAGCAGAUAACUAAUUAGAGAUUAGAAAUCAAAAAUGAAAGGCAAAGGAAAAGUUAACCCAAAGAAAGCAAGCACCACCAAAAUAGGAAAUAAGACAAAUUCAAAAUUGGCAAAAAGAGGAAAACUAAGAAAGGGAAAACAGAAAAAGAAGCAGAAAGAAAAUGAUAGAAAGAUGAGAAAUAUUCCCAGAAUAGAACCUGUUAGUUAUAAACGUUCCCAGACAUUCGACAGUGAAGGAGAAGAGGCACACGAGGAUGAUAUGAAUAUUGAUGAUAAAGAUUACAUAUAUUUUACAAGUCCUGGAAGAGAUUUUUCAUUUUUAUCACAGAUUGACAAAAGACUAGAAACAACUGAAUCUAAGAAACGAAAAAGAAAGAAGUUUGAAGAUGGCCAGACAUUAGAUUGUGAACAAAUUCCCCGUAAACUCUUUGCUGGGUCAAAUGGAAAAGGUGUCAGACAUCUUUUACCAAUCAAAGAUAAAGGAAAGAUAAUUGAACAAGUUGUUCCCAAAACGAUCAAUGAACCUGAAGAAAUAGAACAACCAGUGAAAGAAGACCCUAUGCAUGAAUUGCCUCCUGUGACAAAUGUUGAACUGUUUUUACUCCGAAGAAAGACAUUGGCAGAAAUGAAAGAAAAAAUAGCCAGCUAUGCAAAUACAAUUCUUGCUAACCCUGAGGAUAAUUUAAAAAAGUUAAAAGAACUGAGGAUGAUGUUAACUACUAAUGAAAUAUCAAGUACAGUUCAUAAGUUGAUUCUGGUAUCACUUUUAGAAAUUUUCAAGGAUACUAUUCCAGGUUACCGGAUACGAGUUCUUACAGAUAAGGAAAAGGAUCAUCAACUGAAAAAAGAUACUAAAAAUUUAAUGGAAUAUGAAAGUCAAUUCUUGGUCAACUAUAAACAUUAUAUUGAACACUUACAGAAUGCAGUUAGACGAUUUAAAAACUCUAAAUAUAAACAUUUAAAAGCACUACCAGAUGUAUGCAAACAGAGUUUAUUUGAGAUAUCCGUAAAGUGUUUAGCCAGUUUAUUAGCAAAUAAUCCCCAUUUUAAUUAUCGUAAAGAUUUGAUUCAAGCUGUGAUACCCUUUAUGAACCAUAAAAAGCCAGAGUUGUCAACCUGUGUAUGUGAAGCUGUAAUAACAGUGUUUAAAAAUGAUACACUUGGUGAAUCAACAUUGGAGAUUGUGAGAGCUAUAGGAAAGUUUAUUAAAUCAAAGGAUUUCAACAACAUACAACCAAAGGUUUUAGAAACUUAUCUUAGUUUAAGAAUUACAGAUAUCGAUAAAUUAAUAGCUGAGACGGCUCCAAAGAAAGAUAAGAAGAAUAGUGAAGAUAUGUCAAGGAAGGAACGAAAGAGAAAGAAGAAAAUGCGAGUUUUAGAGAAUGAACUAUUAGAAACUAAAGCUACAGAAGACAAAUCUAAAAGGCUGAAAUUGCAUACAGAGACACUUGAAUGUGUAUUCCAUUCAUAUUUUCGUAUUUUGAAAUCUGCAUCUAAAUCACCACUAUUGCCAUGUGUAUUAGAAGGACUAGCAAAGUUUGCUCAUUUAAUUAACAUCCAGUUUUUCAAUGAUUUGUUUGUUGUUUUAAACCAGCUAAUAGAUUCAGGGGACUUGGCUUAUCGUGAGAUACUGCACUGUGUCCAAUCAGCAUUUACAAUAUUAUCAGGUCAAGGUUCAGCUCUAAAUAUAGAUCCAAUGACCUUUUAUAAACAUUUGUAUAGAUGUUUACUAGAAGUACAUGCUGGUACAUCAAGUAAUGAUAUGUCUAUAAUUUUACCCUGUCUAUAUAUACUUAUCAUGAAACAAAAACGAAAGUUAUCCCAACAAAAGGUGGUGGCUUUUAUGAAAAGAUUAAGUACCAUGGCGUUACAACAGUUACCUCAUGGAGCUUUAAGUUUACUAGCGGCUGUAAAACAGUUUCUACAUGCAUAUUCUUUGUCAGAUUUAUUGUUUGAUAAUGAAUCUCAGGGCAGUGGUAUAUUUAUGCCUGAACUAGAUGAACCAGAAUAUAGUAAUGCACAUAAUACCAUGCUGUGGGAACUUCAGUUAUUACGAAGACACUAUCAGUCUGAUGUUAAAGUAUAUGCUAGACAUUUAUGUUAUCAGGCACCAACUACAGGUGAUGGACAACUACCUACUGACCUACUAAGAAAAAACCCAGAAGAAUUAUUUAGAGAUAAGAAAGAAAUAUCUAGUCUAUUUGAUAGUUUGCCAUCAAAACCUAGACAGUUAAAACGAAAGAGAACUUCAAGACGAGGCUAUAGAAGUGAAGGAUUAACAGAUUAUAUUCAAACAGUUGUAAAUAAUGUACCUGAUGUCAUUAAUUUUGACAGAUUAUUGCCAUCAGAUAUGGGUUAAUUAAUGAAAUAAACAAAUAAUUAAAUUUUA